AUUUUGCUAAUUAUUUAAAUCAAUUCUUACUAAUCAUGAACGUGGUACCAGUUUGAGAUCCUAUCAGCGUAGAGAAGGAAGAUAUUGCUCAAGUUUUACAUGCUAUUAAUAAGAUAACUAGCGCAGUAGAGAAAUAGAAGGGAAGACUUAAAAUUACUGAUAAAAGAUGCCCAGAAUCAACUGGAUUAUUUGAAUCAACUUAAACAGGAGCCAUAUUGGAUAAACCAUAAGGGACUUGACUUGCCAACUAAACUUACAAAUUUCUUAGAGAAUGAUCCUAGGAACCUCUCCCUUCCCUCUCUUGGAGCUGCUCUUAAAGAUGUGGAUCCAAAGAAAAUUGCCCACCUCACCAGUAUUCUGACUAAGUUAAAUUCCACUACUCAAGUGAAAUAUCAUCAAAAGUCUUGCCCAGAUAAUGACCCCUUCUGUCUCAACCCAGAUUGACCAGGUUUUGAUCAAGAGUCUCUGAACUCAAUCGACUCUGAAGGAGAGGACGCUAUUGAAUGUAGGUAUACACCUUGUCAAGAAAGAGACCUGGUAGAAAACCUCCAGGCUAACGAGUUAGACAAUGAUAUGCUUUGGAUAGAUGAGUCUGCACAAUUUAAUAAGGAAACUCCUAGAUUUUUGAAUGUUCCGAAGUUCACUCCAGUUUUAUCUGAAGUCAAGCCUCAGAAACCUCAAGAGGAGCCCUCCUCUCAGCUUGCUGAAUAUAGACCAUUCGGGUCUGUUCGCAAAAACAGGAUUGAACAUCAGGCUAAAAUACAGAAAGAAAAUACUAAAAGAAUUAGAGCCUCAAAAGUAAACAUUUGUCUAGACGAUUUGGAUAUCCCUGAGUUAAUCUCUCGUCGCAAGAGUAAUCAAAAGAGCGAGGAAGCCAAGGACAAGCCUGUGUUUAAAGAGCCCGUCUCCAGAGCUACUAAAUCCAAAUAAAGUGAAAAUCUGAAAGAAGCUGACUAAACCAAAGUCUCCAAUACCUAAGAAAAUCGAGAAGACUAAGACCAAGAAGAGGAUAGUCAAAUAAACUGCAGAAGACCAUAGAAUCAUAUGAGAACAACACCAAAGAGAGCUUCUUGCCAAACUUGAAUUUGCUUGACCGUGAGAUUACCUCCCACAUCUUCGAAAACAAUAGUGACCAAGACAGUGAGGAGAUCAAAGAGCUUGAAAGAGAUGAGUUUGUCAUUAACACUGCUGAGAAAGUUAUCAAUCCGCAUGAGAUCAUCACUGCUAUUAACUUCAAAGAGUCUCCCAAAAUGCAGUGAAUCUCUAAAUCAUGUAACGAUAAGGACAGCCUGAGGGACUACCACAUCUUUAGCGAAGAUGAAGACCCCUACAAGAUCGCCAGCGUGAAGAAAUGUAAAUCCUUUGAUAUUGCAGAGAACUUCGUUGGGUCGAAUAUGACCCAUGAAAAUAAGAACUCUAAGGCCCAAAGUUCUUUCUUGAGGAAACGAAGACUCAAGUACCGCAUGUUCUCUCCACAGGUAAAGAGAGAGGCCAUCCAGUCAGCCAUAGAGAAAGGAGUCAAAGAAGCUUCAAAGAUCCAUAAUGUGCCCAUAAAGUCAUUGAAAAGAUGGAUGGUAUUUGGGAGCCAAAGGCAGAAAGGAGGCGGCCGCAAGACAAAAGAUCCUGAAAUGGAGAGAAAACUGUAUAAUUGGUACCUUGAGCAACAGGAAAACAAUAUUGUAGUCACAGCAAAGAGUAUCAAAGAUAUGGCCCUAAAAUUCACUAGAUGCGAUGAUUUCCUUGCUUCCAAAGGAUGGCUUGAAAAGUUCAAGAACAACUAUAACUUAGUCAUUGGAGCUCCGCAGGAAAAUAGCAAGGAAAGUUAA